AUGUCGUCCGAAUCGAGAAUAGUGAAACUUUUCGAGGAAGUGUUGGAGGACAAAAAUAUUAUACCAAUUUGCGAUGAAGAGGAGCAACGGAAGCGGGCUGAGGAGGGUUUUAAAAAGAUUGGUACACUUUUCGGUGCGAUGACACCGGAGGUGAAAGAAGCCUCGAUCCGCACAUAUCUCGGAUAUGUGGCAUCCGUUAACCACCAGAACCGGGUGCACGCAUAUUUGCAGGUGAUGAAUCGUAUGGUGGCGCUAAACAUCAUACCCGCAAAGCUUCUGUGCGAUCAGCUUAUGGGUUCAGAAAAGCUGACCUACAAGAACCAGUGUUUCUGGAUUGAGGCCUUUCAGCUGGUGCGUAAGGUGAUCGGUGGCGUCGACUACAAGGGUGUACGGGAGAUCAUGAAAUGCUGCAAAGAGAAAGCGCUUUCGUUCCCGGUUAAUGUGAGCGUCAACAUUCUGCCUCAGUUGCACGAGUUGAUCGAACUGAUCGAGCACAUCUUCAAUCGAUCGGCGUGCCUACUGCCGGCAUACUUCAUCAUCAACGAGAUUAAAAAGACCGACUAUCAAAAUAUGCACUGGCGGGUCUCGAAUCUGAUUGCGAACUUUAUCGAAGAAUUUGUUGCGGUCGCCCAGAUGCUCUCCAUCAUUGGCCACUCGUCUAUGCUGCCGAUCGUGGAACACUCAUCCUACGCAGACAACCUGAUAAUACCGUGGAAACUCGACCCGGACACGCUGAAGCUAUCGUUGCGUGGUAAUCUUCCUUAUGACGACGAAUUGCUACAGUGCCAGGCUCGACUGUUACGCUUUGUCCUCCAGCAGCCGUAUUCACGGGACAUGGUGUGUUCAAUGCUGAAUUUCCAGAAGCAGCAAAAGCAGAAAUGUGCGGCACUGGAGGAGCAACUUGUGUGGCUAGUUCUGAACGCGAUGGAAUAUUCGGAAAAGGAAUCACAAACGGUGGCCGGAACAGGCCCAAAUGGCGAGCACGAUGAUGGAGUUUCGAGCCACACGCAAUGGGUUUGGCUACACCUGAGCUCACAGUUGAUCUACUUCGUGUUGUUUCAAUUUGCCACGUUUCAGAACAUCGUGAACACACUCCACGAGAAGCUGGCCGUUCGCAACCUUCGUCGUGGCCGCGAUCAUUUGAUGUGGGUGUUUUUGCAAUACAUUUCGGGCAGCAUCCAAAAGCACUCCAUACUUAACUUCCUGCCAGUGCUGAAGCUGUACGACAUACUGUACCCGGAGAAGGAACCUCUGCCAGUGCCGGACUAUAACAAUCCGUACUGCACGCACCAGAUGGCACCGACCUGCAUCUGGAUUCAUCUGAUGAAGCGUGCGCAAACGGAAAAUUACAAUAUAAACCGGCCGAUACCCAUUGCUUUGAGGUCACAUUUCGAUUAUCUGCAGCAGCUGGCGAUGCCUAGCAAUAAUCCGACGCUGUUCAUGGGGUCCGAGUAUCGCUUUGCUUUGUUGUGCAAUGCCUACUCAACGCAAACUGAUUAUUUCUCACGCCCGAUGCAAGCACUGAUCGACACGAUCCUCGGAAACAGUAAGAAUCCGCAAGCAAACAUGGCCGGUGCUGGUGGCCAACCACUGCCCACGGCACCUCUGUCCAUGCGCGUACUGGACAGUCUGACCAUUCACAGCAAAAUGUCGUUGAUACACAGCAUCGUGAUGCAUAUGAUCAAGCAGGCGCAGAAUAAAAACUCGAUUCCGAACGGAAACAAUAUGGCGCCCGCACUGGUGGAAACCUACUCGCGGUUACUCGUUUAUACGGAGAUUGAAUCGCUCGGUAUCAAGGGUUUUCUUGGUCAACUCCUACCGCAAGUGUUCAAAUCGCAUGCUUGGGGAAUACUGUACACACUGCUAGAAAUGUUCUCCUAUCGGAUGCACCACAUUCACUCUCACUACCGAGUGCAGCUGUUAACCCAUUUGCAUUCGCUGGCUUCCGUACCGCACACGAACCAAAUGCAACUGCAUUCAUGCGUGGAGUCCACUGCCCUUCGGUUGAUCAUAGGUCUCGGGUCGGUGGAGGUGCAAGCUCAGCUUUCACGCUAUGUCAGCGAGCCAAAACCGCCCGGCAAUAUCGUUUCGGCUGAAAGUGAGGAACUAAACCGUGCACUCAUACUUACGCUAGCCCGCUCGAUGCACAUCACGGGCACCGGCAGCGAUCCGCAAUCGAGUGCGUGGUGCAAGGAUCUGUUGCAAAACAUUAUGGCCAACACGCCGCACGCCUGGCCACAGCAUACGUUGUACUGCUUUCCGCAGGUGCUGAAUGAGUUCUUCCUGCAACACGGCAUACCGAAAGAAAGCAAGCAGUUGUUGAAGAAAACGGUCGACGAAGAGUUUCGCAACUGGGCUUCGAUGACGAACGAAAACGAUAUCAUUGCCCAUUUCGGUAUGGCCGUGAAUCCUCCGCUGUUUCUGUGUCUCGUGUUCAAGAUGAUUAUUGAAACGGAUGCAAUCAGUCCGGUAGCUUACAAGAUACUGGAACGCAUCGGUGCCCGCGCCCUGUCCACGCAUCUGCGGAAACUGUGCGAUUACUUGCUUUUCGAAGUAGCCAACUCCGGCGGAGGUGCACACGUUAAUAAAUGUGUCGACACGAUCAACGACAUGAUUUGGAAGUACAACAUCGUGACGAUUGAUCGGUUGGUGUUGUGCUUGAUACUGCGUACGCUCGACGGCAAUGAGGCGCAGGUUAGCUUCUAUAUCAUUCAGCUGCUGCUGCUGAAAACGUCCGAGUUCCGUAAUCGCGUCCAGGAGUUUAUCAGUAUCAAUUCACCGGAGCAUUGGAAACAAAACAACUGGCAUGAACGCCAUCUGGCUUUCCAUCAGAAGUUUCCGGAAAAGUUUGCUCCGGACGAAUCAGUCUCUCACCCAACGCUGCCGGUGUACUUUGGGAAUGUAUGUUUGAGAUUUUUGCCCGUCCUGGACAUCAUUGUGCAUCGGUAUCUGGAGGUACCGACACAAAUGAGCAAAACGCUCGAUGUGAUUCUCGAUCACUUGGGAUCGUUAUACAAGUUUCAUGACCGUCCGAUCACCUAUCUCUAUAACACACUGCACUACUACGAACGAAAGCUUCGCGACCGUCCGGUGCUGAAGAAACGGCUGGUUGGAACGGUGGUUGGUUCGUUGAAGGAUGUACGACCCGACAAUUGGUCGCUCACAGAACCGUACCAGGCGUAUAUGAUGAAUAAGGACACCGAAAAUGUUAACUGGGUGCCAGAAUUGAGUUACUACAUCAAUUUAGUGCGCAGAAUGCAAGACACAAUGGACGGCAAAAACAUCUUUUCAGGUACGGACUGGCGCUUCAACGAGUUCCCGAAUCCACCAGCACACGCUUUGUAUGUCACUUGUGUCGAACUGCUCGGACUUCCGGUCGGUCCGACCGUCGUAGCGAACUGCAUCAUAGAUGUGCUCGUGAAAGGGUACACCGUUGUGCCCACAGGAAUAUUACACAAUUGGAUCAACACAAUCGGUCUGCUCAUGGCGGCAUUGCCCGAAGCGUAUUGGAGCGUUAUUUACGAGCGAAUGCAGGAAGCGCUUGGGUCGAAGGCGAUGAAAGAGUGGGUGUUCCGACAAAGCCCGUUUGAAAUGUUUAACUUCAAGGUGGUGCGUGAAGCGAUGCUCGAUCGCAGCUACGUUACAGUGCUGGCAAUUGCGCACAGCAUUUUCCAUCACUUCGGCAUUGGACAGCUGGCAACCAUUACGGACUCGAUAAAGGAAAAAUUGAAGCCGCUUGUUUACACCGAGUACCAGCUGAUCUACCUAUGCCACGUGGUUGGUCCGUUCUUGAACCGGCUAAGUGUGGAGAGAGCACGGGCCGUCUCGGAUAUUACACUGAUGCUGUACGAGUUGCUCGAGCAGGUGGACAAGUCGCAGCCAACACAACCAUUGCGCUAUAUGGACCCGAUCUGCGAUCUUCUGUACCACAUCAAGUACAUGUUUGUUGGUGAUACAAUGAAAACAGAGCUGGAAGCGAUCAUACGCCGUUUGAGGCCAGCACUGCAGAUGCGUUUACGUUUCAUAACGCGCCUCAACGUGGAAGAAAUCGCUGUUGAUCAAAUAGCCACGGGAAUGGCAACCACUGGUGCUGGUGGUGUGGCAACCGUCGUUGUGGCACCGGGAGUUUCCGGCAGUGCGAUGACAUCAUCUCAACAAUCCACAACAGUGUCCACCGGUGGAGGGUCGACAGGUGCACCGCCAGGGUUAGUACCCUCCGGUGCACCGGGGGCGGCAGGCAUAGCAGUCGCCGCAGCUGCCGCUCAGCAGUCGACAGUCGGGAUGGCUAACCAAAAUACAACAUUGCAGCAACAGCUCCAGCAGCAGCUACAUCAGCAGAUUGGUCAGGGCAUGCAGUCCCAUCACUAAGUUUUCCGUAUAUCUCCAUCACAAGUGAUACAUUUUAAUACUACAAGCACCUAAA